GGGGGCGUGUCCUGAAAUCGCGAUGGACGCGUCGACUCCUGGGCGAGCUAUUAUGAACGAGUUCGUAUGGAAGAAGCAUGAGUACACCAAGAAGCACAGUCGCCGUCCCGAGGAUACCCGCUAUGUGAUGGUUAUAUAUUCGGGGGGCACCCUCGGAAUGAAGUAUGCCCCAGACCAAGGCUAUAUCCCGGUGGCCCAGUACCUGGAGAAAAAGAUGAGGACCUACCCAAUGUUCCACGACCUGGACUAUCCCAUUUCACAGGAUACCGUUGCAGCAUUUAGCCCUAACACUCCAAUGGCAUUACCAGCUACCUAUCACAAGUAUCGCAUACUCUACUGCAUUAAUGAGUACGACCCUCUAAUGGACUCGUGUAAUAUGAACAUGGAUGACUGGGCAAAGCUGGCCAGAGACAUAGAGAAGCACUACGAGCAGUUUGAUGGAUUUGUGAUACUCCACGGGACAGACACCAUGUGCUACACUGCCUCGGCUCUCUCCUUCAUGUUGGAGAAUCUCGGGAAACCUGUCAUCCUCACUGGAGCUCAGGUACCACUCUCUGAAUUGAGAAGUGAUGCGAGAGACAAUCUUUUAGAGGCACUCAUUAUGGCUGGCUCUGGUCACUACGGAAUCCCUGAGGUAACGCUCUACUUCAACAACAAGCUCCUGAGAGGUAACAGAAGCAUCAAGGUGAACUCUUCCAGCUUUGAUGCCUUUGACUCACCCAAUAUCGCACCGCUUGUGUCCGUGGGAGUGGAAGUCACAAUUCAGAGAGGAAUAAUCCUGGAAAGAGACUCCAAGCUUCAGCUGGUGGUCCACACGACCAUGUGUUGCGACGUGGGCAUACUCCGUGUUUUUCCAGGGAUCACAGCCACCACAAUACGGGCAUUUCUCCAGCCGCCGAUGAGAGGAGUCGUUCUACAGACAUAUGGAGCUGGCAACGUCCCCGCUGAGCAGCCCGUACUGCUGGCCCUGAAAGAGGCGUGCGACAGGGGAGUUGUGGUUGUCAACUGCACCCAGUGCAUGCAAGGGAACGUUACCACAAAUUACCCAGCAGCCAGGGAGUUGUGUGAGCUUGGUGUGGUGUCUGGGGCGGACCUGACUGUGGAGGCAGCUCUCACUAAACUCUCCUUCCUCCUCGGACAGACACACCUCAGCGUCCACAACGCCAGAAAGUUGAUGGCUAGAAAUUUGUGUGGAGAGUUGACUCCUCUUACGUCGGCUUUAUAGCUGAACAGUGCUCCCACCAGUUAAUUUAUGCAGCAAAGCAGUUCUGAUGAACCUACUUCAAAAUUGUUAUGACCGUGACAUUACUACAUCAUCUUUUCAAAUUGAUAUAUAUAUAAUAUAGCCAGCAUUACCGUGAUCAAUAUAUUAU